AUGAACAAUCGAAAAUCACCUAUUAAACAACAACGUACAAAAAAUCCUCAUUUUCUAUCUGUAUCAAAUUCAAACCAUAUACGAUCAAAUAGUAGUAUGAAUUUAUCAUAUUUAAAAAAUUUAAAUUCUCAUCAUCGUUAUUAUUCUCAUGCAAAUUCACCUGUAGCAAUGUCAGCUAGUUCAUUACCAGCUGUACCAUUGUUUUAUUCUGAAACUUAUGCUGAUCCUCCUGAAUGCUCAUUAUUACCAAAACCACCUGAAUCAUGGUAUUUAAAUUCAAAUGAUGAAAAUCUUCCAAUUGAAAUUGAAGAAAAAAAAGAAAUACCAAAACAAAAAAUUCAACGAAAAUCAUAUCGUAAAAAUCAUAAUAAUAAUCAUAAUAAAGGUUUUUAUAGUCCAUGUUAUUCAACAAGAAAUCAUGAAAAAAUUCCAACACAAUACAUAUCUGUUAAAGGUUAG